AUGAUUACUAUUUUAAAGAAUACAUUAAUUAUUUAUUUAGGCCUUCUUGGUCUAAGUAUGAUCAGCGUUUUGUUUAUUUGUUUAGAUUCUGAAUAUGAAAGUCAAUGUCCUUUAAUUGCAAUCAAAAUUUUGAGAAGUCUAUCAGUAAUACCAAUUGUGAAUGAAGUGAAAAUGAUUACAAUUCCAAUAAUCAGAGAGUUACCUCCAAAAUUGAUACGACCAUUAAUUUUAAGUUCAUUGAUGAUGGCCCUUGCUUUCAUCAUCUCUUUGAUUUAUAGUACUCUGUAAUAUUUUGUUUUAAUUUAAAUAGUAAGAUUACUUAUAGUAUAUUAUUGAACUUAUUCUACAUCAUUAUACUAGUUCUUAUAAUAUUAGUAUGCCUUGGUAUUUCAAUGAAUUCCAUGCCUGUACAACCAAAUAUUUAACAAUACUUUGAGUACAUCAAAUUAUUAUAUUAAUGA